AUGCUCGAACCCGCCAUCCCCCCACACCUCCAGCGCCCGCGCACCUGUCCCGCGCGCCUCCCGCACGAUGCCUUCGAGCCGCCCAACGCCGCCUACUGCGCCCGCUUCCCCGAGUCCAUCACCGACCUCGUUAUGGCCACCAUCUGCGCCCAGGCGCGCUCCCCCGCCGCCGGGCUCUCACGCGCUGCCGAUGUCCUCGCUCCCGUGAUCGCCUUCCUCAAACACGCUGACGGCAAGGAGGGUAGCGGCGAUAGCAAUGGGGAGGAGGGGACUCUCCGCCCCAGCGCCUUCGACCUCAUAUCCUUCCGCGACGCCGCCGGCCACCACAACGUCGGCGUCAUCGCGUACUGGCCCGGCGGCCGCGCGCGCUUCGAGGAAUGGGCCGAGGCGAGUGGGUUCGAGGCGUGGUGGCGGGGACUGGACACCUCCUCCGCGCCUCCGUCCCCAUCGUCGCCCUUAUCCUCGUCCUUGUCCGCGGCCUCGUCGUCGGAGGGGAAGGGGAAAGAAAAUGAUGUUGGUUGGUUCCGCGAAGUCUUCUUCCCGACCCUCGACCGCUACGAGACCGUCUUCUCUAACCAGGAAGCCGGCGAGGAAGGCGCGGCGAGGAUGCGGGCGGGCAUGAGCGGGCCGGUGCGCGAACAUGUUUAUUGGGGGAGCAUGCGGGAUCGGAUGCCGGCGUCGCAGGUGGAUGGGUUGGAGGGGGAGAAGGCGAGAACGGCCGUCGAGGGGACGACGGAGAGGCACAACAGCAGGGUCGUUGUGCCGGGCAAGAAGAACUUGUGCGUGAUCCGGUCGGGCCAGGAUUGGUCGGCGAUGCUGCCGGCGGAGCGGAAGCUGUAUCUCGAGACGAUUCAUCCGGUGCUGGUGAAGGGGAUGGACUUCCUCAGGGACGAGGGGAGGAGUAUUGGGUGUCAUAGUUGUCGGUUUGUGGAUGAGUUGGAUCUGGGGGACGAAAGGAAGGAGACGGAGCGCACGUUUGGGUUUGCGUUUUUCGAGGAUAUGGAGAGCCUGGAGAAGUGGUCGAAGUCGCAUCGCACGCACUUGGAUAUCUUUGGUCGCUUCUUGCAGUACGUCAAGGAGCUGGAUGGGAACAUCUCGUUGCGUCUGUUCCAUGAGGUGCUGGUUCUGAAGCCGGAGCAGCAGCUUUUGGAGUACGUUGGGUGCCACCCAAAGACUGGACUGAUGGGUGUUUAG